CCAAAAUUCAGGUUUUUUGCUUCGUCAAGGAGGGGACAGGUUUGAUGAAUAGACGCAAUUGUUUGUCACUUGAACAGCAUUUAGUCUCAAGCAUCCAGCCACCCAUCUGUUCCACAAGCCGCCGACAGGAAUCUUUCGAGUCGAGCGUGGAGAGAAAGCCCCACUGCGCGAGGUCCACGCCAAGGAAGCCAGAGUUGUCGGUCUAAACGCACCCUUAUCAGAAUUAGCAUACAGGUUGUCCAAGUGUGUAGAGGUGCUUCAUCCGUUUCUUCAUUGGAGAUUUGCACUCUGCCGGGAACGCGCUUGGUAAUCGACUUCGCAAGCAUGGACACGCUCGAUUCCAAACCAGACACAGAGGCAGCGGCGCCAGUGCGCGAGAAGAAUUCAGAUAGCCUUCCUUCGCCCAGCACAUCCAGCCCGAGACGCAUGAACACUACUGGCCUUGUCGGUAGAGCAGCCAAGGUUGUGCGCACGCAGAUGGACUGGUUGAGCACAAGAGAGGCGUGGUUAGGAUCCUACAAUUAUCGACGCCUAUUCCAGCCUCGAUGGCUGCCUUGGGCUAGAAGGUAUCGCAGAGGAGCACCUCCAGAGCACGCUGGCGAACUGCCGUUCUAUGGCCUCAAUGACCCUUUACCGAUCGUGUUGGCUGCCAUAUGCGGCUUGCAGCACUGUUUGGCUAUGCUUGCGGGUCUCAUCACUCCUCCAAUUAUCGUGGCUUCCACAUUCUCCCUGGACGCCUCGACCAGCUCUUAUCUCAUCUCGGCGUCCCUCAUCGCUAGCGGCCUUUUGUCUUUGCUGCAAAUGUCGGCCAUACCGCUCUCGUUCAUCCCGUUGAGGUUCUUCAAGGACAAGCAAAUCGGCACGGGCAUAAUUAGCGUCGUUGGAACGAGCUUCAACACUCUAUCCGCAGCUUCGAGCAUCUCCACUGCGCUCUACGCAGAUGGCGUGUGUCCUACCAGUCCACAAGGCGCUCGAUUAUCAUGUCCGCAAGGCUAUGGGUAUCUGCUUGGCACAUCUGCGCUCUGCGCAUUGCUCCAGAUUGGCAUCAGCUUCGUCCCCGUCAAGCUCAUCCGUCGCGCAUUUCCGCCACUCAUUACGGGUCCCGUCGUCUUUCUCAUCGGCGCCAACCUGAUCGGGAGCAGCGGAUUCCUGGAUUGGGCGGGUGGCAGCGGGGAAUGCUCAUCCCGGCCCGCAAGCGGACAAUACUCGGUGUGCCCUCAAGUGGGCGCACCUCACGCUCUGCCUUGGGGAUCACCCGAGUACCUUGGCCUUGGCUUCUUCUCUUUCAUGACCAUCGUCUUUGUCGAGCUGUUUGGCUCGCCAGCGAUGAGAUCGGCCAGCAUCGUCAUCGGACUCAUCAUUCCGACCGUCACGGCAGGCAUAGGAGGAGGCUACACUUCGCGCUCGUCCAUCGACGCUGCUCCCGCAAUCACCUUCCUCUGGACGGAGACUUUUCCGCUUCGAGUAUAUGGACCUGCCGUCUUACCGUUGCUGGCAGUGUACCUGUCCAUGACGGCAGAAGCCACUGGAGAUAUCACGGCAGCGUCGGAGAUGAGUCGGCUGAGCGUGCAGGGAGCAGACUUUGACAGGCGGAUUCAAGGUGGUAUCCUCAGCGACGGCCUGGGAGGACUAUUAUCAGCGCUGGGGACCAUCACACCGCUGUCGGUCUUUGCCCAAAAUACUAGCACCAUCGGCAUGACUCGAGUGGCCAAUCGUCGAGCGGGCUACUGGUGUUGCGGCUUCUUGGUGCUGUUUGGAAUCUUGGGCAAGAUUGCUGGCGCCAUUUUGGCCAUCCCAGCACCUAUCUUGGGCGGUGUGACGAGCUUCUUGUUCGCUAGCGUGGCUGUCGCUGGCCUCUCGCUGAUCGCGCGAGUCGACAUGCAAAGUCGCAGGAAUCGCUUCGUCCUGGCAUCGUCCCUGAUGAUGGGAUGCGGUAACCUUUUGGUCAAGGAUUGGGCGACUUAUCUGCUUCCAAGCACUGCGAAUCACGCUCUAGCAGGAUUCUUUACGUCGAUCAAGAUUCUGAUUCAGACCCCCUUCGUGAUUGCUGCAUUCACUGGAUUUGUGGCCAAUGCCAUAUUACCAUACGACGGCGAAGAUUUGGCAGCGGAAGAGCGCGCACAAAAAGCCUCCCAGGCGUCUGCGCUAGAGCUUGAAAUAGCUGUUUCAAGCGCUUAUCACAAAGGCGCUACGACAAGCUCUGUGGUCAGCGCAGCAGGCGAUGAACAAGACGCGGAACAUGAGAUUGGGAUAAGGCAUAAGCAGCAGUGACCAUUCGCUCCGAGCUUGUAUGAUAGACACGACGGCUCCUGCGCUCAUGCUCGCCGAAACGAUCGAAG